AUGUGUUCUACAACCAGGAAGCUAAACAUCGUGGUGGCAGCUUGUAACAACAUGGGCAUCGGUAUAGAUGGCACUCUUCCUUGGCGGCUAAAACAAGAUAUGGCUUUUUUCAGAAAAGUUACCACGGUGACUAAAAAUACUGAAAAGAAGAACAUGGUGAUCAUGGGCAAGAAUACGUGGCUGUCUAUACCAGCCAAGUUCCGUCCACUGAGUGAUAGGAUUAACGUUGUCCUGAGUUCACAGAUGCAGAAUAACAUUGAAGGUGCACACGUAGUGAAGUCUUUUGACAAGGCACUGGAACUGUGUGACAGUCUCCAGAAUGAGGUUGAAAGUGUGUUUGUAAUUGGAGGGGCUAGUGUCUACAAGGAAGCCAUGCAGCGUGUGAAUCCCUGUAGACUGUACAUCACAAGAGUUCACCAUAACUUCAUUUGUGAUACUUUCUUUCCGGCCAUUGAUGAGAAAGUCUUUGUGAAGGUUCCAAACACAGUGGAUGAAAAUGUACCUCAGGAAACUUGUGAGGAAAAUGGAAUCACGUUUUUAUUUGAAGUCUAUGAAAAGUUAUAA